AUGAAGCUUUCCCUCACUCCCAAGCGCAGAAAAAAGAAGCCGUUAUUAUCGUGUUCUGUUCUGUGCAGAAUCUUUGACGCAGGACGAGCAGAUAUUUCCAAACGCUGUGGUCAGAACUCGGCAACAACUGCAGCCAUUGUUCCUCGUCCUAUUGUUCCGUUUGUAUCAGAGAAGAAUGUUCACGACCCCGACGCCGCCGAGCGAAAAUACCGUAGACCGAAGCUACAACAACAACAGAUACUUGGAAAAACCAACGGGUCCGAGCUGCAGAGGGAGAAGAGUCUGUUCACUGCUAUUCACCCGCUGUUCUGUGAGCUGUAG